GUUCUGCUAUGCUUAGGUAUGGUCGUACCCACUUUCCCCCGUUAUAUUAUGAUUACUUACGGUUAACAGAUUGCUGACAAUGGCCGUCCAGUCCGGUAAACCAGUCCAGACGUAUAAAGGUUUCUAUCUUGCAGUUGCUCGAAAAUCCAAUAAACCAUGUCCAACAACAACUUGAACGUCGCUUCUGAAGACCUCGACGUCCUUAUCGUAGGAGCUGGCUUUUCCGGUCUCUAUCAACUCCAGAUCUUUCGAAAACUAGGAUACAGCUUUAAAGUCUUCGACGUUGCUGCAGAUAUCGGCGGUACUUGGUACUGGAACCGUUAUCCAGGUGCCCGAGUCGACACCCCCGCUUUCAUCUACACGUUCUCCGCCGAAGAGCUCUGGAAAGAUUGGAACUGGACUGAGAAGUACCCAAGCCAGCAAGAGAUGCGGGCUUAUUUCCAGCACGUUGAUGACAAGUUGGGGUUGAAGAAAGAUAUUACUUUCAAUACUCGCGUUGUCAGCGCUGAGUGGGAUGAUGGAGAGCAUCGGUGGACCGUCAAGACGGACAAUGGGCUCGUCGUGCAACCACGAUUCCUGAUUCUGGCCACCGGUUCGCUCACGGUACCCUACAUCCCCGCAUUCAAAGGGUUGGAGAAGUUCCAGGGGGUUUGCCAUCACACGGGAAGGUGGCCCGAGGAGGGCGUUGCAGUGAAGGGUAAGCGAGUUGCGGUCGUCGGUACUGGCUCUACCGGCGUUCAGGUCAUUCAAGAGAUUGGGCCGGAAGUAGGGCAUUUGAAAGUUUUCCAACGUACUCCCAUUCUUUGUCUUCCGAUGGGCCAAGAAAAGUUGGAUGUGGAAACGCAUAUAAAGCAGAAGCCACUAUACCCUACUUACUUCCGCUUCCGGCUUCAAACUUUUGCCGGAUUCCCUUAUAACCCCUACCCCAAGGAUUUUACGUCCUCAACACCCGAAGAGCGUAUACUUCGCCAAGAGGAGUACUGGGCGAAAGGUGGAUUCCAAUCGAUUGGGGCAUUCAACGAUACGGCGUUCAACCAGGAAUCAAACGAUGGUGUUUAUGCGUUCUGGCGGUCAAAGGUUCGCGCAAGGCUACGUGACCCGAAGAUGCAGGAAAAGCUUGCACCCACGGUUUGCCCUCAUCCAAUUGGAGGAAGGCGACUCUCCUUGGAACAGACGUAUUACGAAGUCUUCAACCAGGACAAUGUCGAUUUGAUUGACCUCAACGAGAAUCCGAUAGCUGAAUUCACAUCGAAGGGUAUUGUAACCGGGGAUGGAAAGGAGCACGAAUUUGAUGUUAUCGUUCUCGCUACUGGAUGGGAUGGUGUCACUGGGGCGAUGACGAAGAUUGAUAUACGAGGUAUAGGUGGGCAGACGGUUGCUGAGAAGUGGAAAGAUGGGGUGUACACGAACUUGGGAAUGACGGUAUCUGGUUUCCCAAACAUGUUCUUUAUGUCUGGCCCUCAAGCCCCGACCGCAUUUUCUGUCGGUCCGAGUUGCAUCGAACCUCAAGGCGACUGGAUUGCUAAUGUGAUUAAGCACAUGAAGAAGAAUCACUUGACAAAGAUUGAAGCUACGCCGGAAGCUGAACAGAUUUGGCGAGGAAUGGUCAUGAGCAUCCAUGAUAAGCUCCUUGUGAGAAACGCCAGGGGUUGGUGGAACGGAGCUAACAUUCCCGGAAAACCAGCGGAAAUAUUGAGUUUCCUCGGAGGUGUACCGACAUACUUCAACAGAUGUACCGAGGUCGCGGAAAACGGAUAUGAAGGGUUUGUACUGUCGGGGAAAGGGAAUGGACAGGCGUAAAGCGUGCCUCGGUAGAGCAUCUUGUGUAGAAGUCAACAUUCGCUAUCCGUACCGCAAUGAAUGAAUUUAUCUCUGCU